GCACCGCACACACGCGCACGCGGUCCCGUUAGUGGAGCUCCAAUGAGCGGUCAGUGAAGCGCACUAGGGCUUCGGUUUCACUACAGAACAGAGUUAUUAGUGAGUUUGGGUAGAAACCCGGCAGAAACGUGGCGUGAGGAUUGAACGUGUGGUCUGUUCAGAGCACGGUGACUUCUGCGUGUUCAGGCAACACAGAGAGAACCUGAGACAGCACGAAGAAAAUAAAGCAAGCAAGUCAGAGGGACAGCUCCACCCCACCUCCUCCCCCAAAAAAAAAAAAAACUUCACAAGAGAUGGAGAAGCCCCCACUGCCAAGCGAUGAAGAUGUUCCUGGGAUGGCCGACAAUCAAUCAGCGAUGACUCUGGUGUCAGAUGAAGGGGCGGGGCCUGACGGAGGGGUGGGGCAGGGGGAGGAUCGUCCUGCAUGGGACAGUAAGCUACAGUACGUCCUUGCCCAGGUGGGCUUCAGCGUCGGGCUCGGCAACGUGUGGCGCUUCCCGUAUCUCUGUCACCAAAACGGAGGAGGAGCGUUCCUGUUGCUGUAUGUGAUGCUGCUGCUGCUGAUUGGAGUUCCUCUCUUUUUCAUGGAGCUGGCCGCGGGUCAGAAUAUUCGGCAGGGCAGCAUCGGUGUCUGGAAACACAUCUCGCCACGCCUCGCUGGCAUCGGCUACUCCAGCUGUGUGGUUUGUUUCUUUAUGGCUCUGUACUACAAUGUGAUUAUUGCCUGGGCUCUGUUUUACUUGGGGAGUUCCUUCCAGUACCCAUUGCCAUGGCAACAGUGUCCUAUAGAACCUGGCGGUAACCAGACAGUGAAGGAGUGUGCUGCCAGCUCUCCCACCUCAUAUUUCUGGUUCCGUAAGGCUCUUGAUAUCUCUGAUUCAAUUGAUCAAUCUGGAGAGUUUAAUCCUGUCAUAACCGGUUGCCUGCUUGCGGCUUGGGCUAUAGUCUGUCUUGCCAUGAUCAAGGGCAUCAAGUCCUCAGCCAAGGUGAUGUACUUCUCCUCUAUUUUCCCAUAUGCUGUGCUUUUCUGUUUUCUCAUCAGAGGUCUGAUGCUGGAUGGAGCCUUCGAAGGACUCACCUACAUGUUCUUUCCAAAAUUAGAGAUCUGGGGUGAGGUGCAGGUGUGGCGGCAAGCUGCCACUCAGGUGUUCUUUGCUCUCGGUUUGGGCUACGGAUCUGUGAUUGCGUACUCCUCCUACAACCCAAUCAACAACAACUGCCACCGGGACGCCCUCAUGGUUUCCGCCAUCAACUUCAUGACCUCAGUCCUGGCCUCGCUCGUUGUCUUCACGGUCCUCGGCUUCCGAGCCAAGAACAUUGCCCUGGAGUGUGUUGUAGAGAAUGUGAGUAAAAUGUCAGAGAUAGCAGCUUUAGGAAAAGCUCAGCACUGGUGGCCGUGGUUCAAUAUGUCCGACCCCAGAUCCGUGGAACUAAAGGAUUACCGGGAGUGGUACAACCAUUAUGGGAGCAUACUAGGCUCAAACAUCACCGAUUGUGACCUGGAGAGAGAAAUGAACAAGGGAGUGGAAGGGACUGGUUUGGCGUUUAUAGCAUUCACCGAGGCCAUGGCGCUGUUCCCGGCCAGUCCGUUCUGGUCGGCGUUGUUUUUCCUCAUGCUCCUGAAUCUGGGUCUGUCCACCAUGUUCGGCACCAUGCAGGGCAUCCUCACGCCACUCAUGGACAACUUUAAACUGCUGGGCCGCCACAAGACACUGCUCACUGUGAUAAGCUGUAUCCUGGGCUUCCUGAUUGGUCUGCUCUUCACUCAGCGCAGCGGGAACUACUUUGUGACCAUGUUCGAUGAUUAUUCUGCCACUUUGCCGCUGAUGAUCGUUGUCAUUUUUGAGACGAUCAGUGUGGCAUGGAUCUACGGUGCUGAUCGGUUUCUGGAUGAUAUAGAGGUGAUGUUGAAAUGGCGCCCUCCAGCGAUCUAUAAGUACAUGUGGAAGUAUGUGUGUCUGCUGGCUAUGGUGGGUCUGCUGACUGCUAGCCUGCUGCGCAUGUUCUUCAAGUGGCCCACUUACACAGCAUGGGACCACACCACGGGGUCUGAGAGCAGCCUGGGAUACCCGGGUUGGGCCUUGGUGAUGCUCGCGUUGCUCAUCACCGUCGCCUCUCUUCCAGUGCCUGCGGGCUAUGUACAUUCCCUUCUCACCCAUAAAAGUGGCCAAUCACAGGCAGAGGGAGCGGCUGAGCAUCACAGAGAACGAUACUCCAAAUGUAGUACCACCGAGCCAGAACUCAACAACCAUCACGCUCCUCUGGAUGAGGACAGCAGCCGACCCCGGACCACCUUCCUGCCCGUGGCUGCAGAUCACUACAGGCUUCUCUCACAACAGGAAGAUGGAGAUGAGGAGGAGGAUGACACAGAAUUGUGAUAAAGGCAGACAAGAAAAAAACAGACAGUUGAAAUAGUGUACUGGAGAAGCGAUUGGACAAGAAAUGACUGAACGGGAUGCUGGAGUGUCUACCAGACAGUUGCCAAGGCGACUGCGCUUACAGUGUAAUUUUAAAGAUUAGGUAUACAGAGCUAGUAAAUGAUAAACUAGACUCUGUGAAUUAGAACAAAAUCUCAAAGCUUGAAAAGAAUCAACACAAUCCACGUUAUCAUGAGUUAGAAACCGAACUGGAGUUGGAUGUAGUGAUGGCACCCUUGAUACUGAAGCACUGAGGCGAGUGUCAAAACAGCAAUAACUUAAACACUAUAUCCGUUCCUGGUUCGUUCUGCUAUAAACACAUCACCAGUGAUGAUCGAUGCUUCGUUCUGGCACAAGCACAUGACUGCUUUGGAAACUGAUUCAAAAGAAAAGCAAACUCUGGCACGCGUUUUGAGUGUUGUUCAAGGAAGUAGUGUAUUUGAGUGAAUUAGUGAUAUAUUUUGUAGUUAUGGAACCAACAAAGAAACAAGGGUGUUCUGAAUUUUUUGGGAAAAACUCGUAGCAGUAAAUCUCGUAUCAGGUAAUCUCUCACGUUUCACAGUUCAGUUAAUCCUACAUGAGGCUUGUCUAUGAACUAAUAGGUGAGGAACUUGGGCUGGGUUCAAUGUAAAUGAAUAAGUAUGUUUGUGUUUCUCAACAAGGUUUAUUGUAAAUAGAUGUAAUCUAACAUAGAAGUAUGCUAUAAGCACAUUUAUUUUCUUUAUACAGGAUUAUUAUUAGUGUUAUCAGUUGCCUUUAUUAUUUAUAAAAAUAAUAUUGCAAUACUUUUUUCAAAGCACUGGAAUGCACCGAUUUGUUAGCUGGAAGCCCAAAACCUAGCACCUAGUAGAUUACUGUCUGUACUGGUAGUCCUGCUUUUGAUCCCAAGAUGCCACUAGCGUGCAUUGUGCUGAAAAGCUUCAAGUAAUGAGCUCUUUAACAAAACAGUUAGGAGGAAGGCUUCAUUUUGCCAUCGCUAGCUGGAUGUAUUGUUUUUGUGUACGCUUAUGUAGUUUACGUUGUUCACCAUUCGCUGUGAUGACUAGAUCUUCUGCUAGACACCACAUGCAACUUACAUUAGCCAGGGUUCCUCUGCAGGUCAUAAAUAUCUGAAACACUAUGACAUUUAAAGGCGAUAUUGGAGCUGAAAAAAUGUGGAAAUUGAACAGUCUUAGAAAAGGCAAAUACGUAUAUUGUUGUCAAAUGCAUGUAGAUUCAAGACACUAAGGUUCAAAAUCCAUUGUCUUUAGACUUUCACUUCUGCAUCAAUACAGCCUUCCUAAAGCAUAUUCAGUGUUAUUAUUAUAGUAUUAUUAUACCCUUUAUGAUACAGUUAUCUUUUAGAAAUAGCAAGAAACAGAUCAGAGAAAAAUAAAAUUCCUAACAAAAUCAAAAGGGUCCUUUGGUGCUUGGACCCCUAAAAAUCAAUCUGGAAAAAGUCUUUUUUUUUUUAAUAUGAAUCAAGGGUCAAGACUCCUUUUAUAAGCAAAAGCAUCGGUGUUAAGUUACGCUGUGGGUGCAUCCCCACCACUUUUUGAGAUUAUAGUCUGUUAAAUCUUUUAUAAGAGCUUGUGGCAGAACCUGAUCCAAAUGUUUUUUUAAAAAUACUGCAUAAGUCUAAUGGUGUUAGUUUCUGAAAGUGGCUUCUGUAAUAAAACUUGAACAGGAACCAGUGCCGCAAACUCCACCCCCAUGUGCGUUUGUGUCUUGGUGGUGUUAUGCAGGUACCAAAAACCAUACUGUAUCAGUACUCUGUGAUCAGUACUGGGUACUCUAUACGUACUGUGCCAAUGGACAAAGCAGUUUUAGCUUUGUGUUGCCAAAGGUAACUGUCAUUUUUACAGUUGUAAAAGGCUUUUAAGGUUUAACGUGCGAAUGCAAUACUAGAGACGCAUGAACUGCAAGAGAAAAUCACCCUUAAACAAUUUUAUCCUACUCGUUUUUGAUUGAAAUGUUGCAGGUUAUGCAAGUCAGCUCGUGCCUAAUACAAUCACCAAGGGCGAAUCCAAGGAUGAAUCCCAGAAAGCACUGUAGCAAAAAUUUCUGCAUGUUGUUUAACCCCUGUUUGUACAAAUCCUGAUAAAAAUAUCCAACUCUACACCAGCUGAGUUAAAACUGGUAGCUGCUAAGCACAGGAUUGAGAAUAGAGCCAAGAAGUGUGCUCAGUGUGUAUGAUCAUUGUGAACACACACCACACUCACAUUCCUGUAUGAUGAGCACACACAACCUGAAACAGCAAGAGGGAUACCGUAUCACUAGCAGUGGGUCUAAUGUGUGGUUUAACGUACAUCAGUAAAUGACUGUGAAGCUACUUUUCUAAUAUAAAAUAAAAUUUUAAAUAAAUCAAGGAUACAUUUUAUUAUAGCUUUAAUAAAAAUCCAUCAGAGAAAAGUGCAGGCACACUAACAUCCACAUAGGAAAAUGGGAACUGGUUAUGUAAUGACUCCUGGAUGCCACGUCAUAUCCAUGAAGCUGUCUCAAAAGUGAAAAAGUUGUGGUUUAUUUGUGGGAUUUUUUUUUUUUUUUGGGUUGUUGAAAGUCACACAUAGACUCUUAUCUUGUAUAUGACAAAUAAAAUGUACAUAGAAGUUGCCCAUGAAGUCUUUCAUCUCUUUUUUCCACUCUUUUUUUUUUUAAUCUGUGAAACUUAAAAGUAGAUCCAGGAGCUUCUGGUGUCAGCUUACAAAAAUACAAAAUAAUGGCCUAAUAAACACAUUAGGUGUAUGAAUUAUAUCCUCCAUGUUCAUGAGAUAUAUAUG